CAAGAACCCACAAAAAACACUGAGAGGGUGGCACUUUCUUUCCAAAGCCAUGGCUUAUCCCAUGUCCAAACUCCAAGAGGAGGUCGUGGCAGCUGCCAAGGCUUGUACUUCUGAGGCGAGUCUUCGCAAAGCCUUACAGGAUCUCACCGGAACCGCCGUUCCGGGCGGACCAACGGGUCCCGGCUCGAGUCCAAAGGUGCACGAGUCUCAUAGUCAUGGCAUCCUGAGCAACUUGGGCGAGAGCUUGGAGGAGCUGGGACACAAGGCAAAAGAAGCUUUGCAGAAAUGGCACUUCUUGGAUGGUUGGACGCAUGAUCGUUCGCAGGACUACAUGCCGGACGAUGUGCUGGAAGUCCUGAGGACUUUGCGCGAGGGUGAGGGGGUCUUUGGGAUGGAUAUUGGAGGCACCUUGGCCAAGGCGGCUCAGCUUCUGAAGCCUGGAGAGGCACACCUGUCACCCAGCACCUUUGGCAAGACUGGGACCUUUCAUCAGGAACUCUCUUUUCAGUUGAAGGUGAAGGAGGUGAUUCAUGAUGUGCACUUUUUAUCUGGAGCCACCUACUACUUAGAGAUGGUUCUGAAAAGCCUCCAAAACCUUGACCCCAAGGGCGAGGGCCCCUCGUCUGCCCCGGGCGCCAUGAGCCGGCGCAUCGUCACGGCGGGCGGCGGGGCGCAUCGCUUGGCAAAGCUCUUUAUGGAUUCACUGACGGUGGAAGUGGUGCCCUUCAAAGAGAUGGAGUCUCUGGUGAGUGGAUUGACCUUCCUCCAUGAAAACAAGCCCAAAGAUGAGGUGUUUCAAAUCAUGCCAGAUGGUUCUCAAGUGAUGGUCGACUGGCCCGAUCCCUUGUACCCCUGCAUCAUCGUAAACAUCGGUUCCGGCGUGAGUGUGCUUCGCUUGGACGCCGGCGAGAGUGGGGAGCCCUACUUCACGCGGCUGGGUGGCACCGCCACAGGGGGUGCCGCCUUCUUGGGCUUAGUCAGGAUGAUGACCUCUGCCAAGACCUACCCUGACUGCUUGGCCUUGGCGCAGAAGGGGGAUGCUACCAGGGUGAACAAGUUGGUCAGUGACAUCUACGGACAGGAUGGAUGUGGAAAUCUGGGCUUACCGCCUGGCUUGACCGCUGCGCACUUCGCCAAGAUCACCAUGAAGGACUUUGAUCAUCCAGCCUACCAGGAGGCAGACGUGGCUGCGGCCGUGUUGACCAUGGUGGUCUCGGCGAGCACGGUCAUUGCACGAGCCUUCUCACGUUCGGUGGCCGAGCACGGGUCGGAGAAGAAGAAACCCGCUCAGGAGGCUCGUGCUCGGUCUUUGAGCGGCGACUCCUCCCAGCCGCUGGUGUCCAAGGCACAACUCAAGGGCGCUGCACCUUAUCCAGGUGAGCGGAAGACACCGGUCUUCUUCGUGGGCGGCUUCCUGGCGGAGAACCGGCGCGCCUGGGAGAUCAUCAGCCGGUCAUUCCGGAACUUGGACUGUGGUCCGGCACUCUUCCUGAGACACGCCGAUUUCUUGGGAGCUUUGGGAUGUUUAGCGGCCACCAUCGAAGGCAACACUGACCUUUAGGAGGAAAAGAGUGCCCCACCCAGGGAGUGGCCGUUUGGAUGAUUCAGCUGAGCAGAGGGUCAUUGAUUGAAUCUACUUGUGGAAGUGGAAGGAGAGAAGAUCUUGAGAGAGAUCCCUGC